AUGGAAAAGAAUACGACUGGUGGAGUUAUGGCACGUGUUGUCAAAAUAUUGGGAAGAACGGGCAGUCAAGGACAAUGUACACAAGUGCGUGUGGAAAUAAUAGAUACAUCAACAUCGAAACGAAGUAUUAUUCGUAACGUGAAGGGUCCAGUUCGUGUUGAUGAUGUGCUUGUUUUACUAGAAUCAGAACGUGAAGCAAGAAGAUUGAGAUGA